CAACUUGUCAACUUUUUAGACUCCCAAAAUUCCACAAGUGAGAGAAACAGUUGGAAGAGAGAGAAACAAUAAUAUCAUAACAAACCAAAAAGCAUCAAGCAAAAGAUCAAAAUCAACUCCUCAACAAAAGUCUUCAUUUCUCUUUCCUCUCUCACUUUUCCUUUCAAAAUUUUCCACACAUCCAAAACUGCUGAUGUUGGUUUUCCUUGUUGUAGUUUCUCUUACAUCACGUGCAUAGCACGUGCCUUUAAGAUCUCGCCGACGGCGGCCUUCCAUUACUUCCGGCGACACCCUUUACCCUCCUCGUUAAUGGGUUCAAACCCAAUUGUAGUUUCCGGGUCCUCAACCAACAGGACGACCCGACCCAACAACAACAAGAACAAGAACAACAACGAUCCAUGUGUUAGCUCUUCAGCUUUUGUGUUUUUAAUUGGUUCAUUCAUCAUUUUGGGCUCAAUUUGUGGGCUUUAUGUUCGGUUUUUGAUGACCCCAAAUGUCCACGCUGGACUCUCCGCCAUUGGAUGUAAAGAGGAUGAUGAGGGUUCAUGGUCCAUUGGUGUUUUUUAUGGUGAUUCCCCUUUUUCCCUCAAACCCAUUGAAGAUACGAAUAUAUGGAGGAAUGAGAGUGCGGCAUGGCCAGUAGCCAAUCCUGUUAUCACCUGUGCUUCAGCCUCUGUGGCUGGUUUUUCCAGCAAUUUUGUCGCUGACCCCUUUCUUUAUGUUCAGGGAGAUGUCCUUUAUAUGUUCUUUGAAACAAAGAAUUCAAUCACAAUGCAAGGGGAUAUUGGAGUUGCAAGAAGUACUGACAAGGGAGCAUCAUGGGAGCAGUUAGGUAUCGCUUUGGAUGAAGACUGGCAUCUGUCCUAUCCUUAUGUCUUUGACUAUAAUGGCAAUAUCUAUAUGAUGCCUGAGGGCAGAGCAAAAGGACAACUUCGUCUUUAUCGCGCUGUAAAAUUUCCCAUGGAAUGGACACUGGAAAAGAUCAUAAUGAAAAAGCCUCUUGUUGAUUCAUUUAUAAUUCCACAUGAUGGGAAAUACUGGCUUUUUGGUUCUGAUCAUAGAGGUAUUGGUACAGAGUAUAAUGGUCAGUUGGAGAUCUGGUACAGCACCUCACCACUUGGUCCGUGGAAACCACAUAAGAAAAAUCCUAUCUAUAACACAGAUAAGAGCAUGGGAGCCCGAAAUGGAGGUAGACCCUUUUUAUUUGAUGGUUAUCUUUAUCGUGUUGGCCAAGAUGAUGGUGAAACAUAUGGACGGAGAAUACGUCUCUUCAAAGUAGAAGUUUUAACCACCAAUGUGUUCAAAGAAGUUGAAGUCCCGUUGGGCCUUAAAGCCUCAAUUAAGGGACGAAAUGCCUGGAAUGGCGCCCGCAGCCAUCACCUUGAUGUGCAGCGACUAAGCUCAGGAGAGUGGAUUGGAGUUACGGAUGGGGACCGAGUGCCUUCGGGAGAUGCAAGUCGACGGUUUAAUUUAGGCUGUGCAUCAGUUUUAGGUGUUGCAGCCCUGGUUAUAUUGUUUGGUAUGUUACUUGGAGCUGUUAGAGGUUUAGUUCCACUAAGUUGGUGCCCACACGAUUUUGGAAAGAGGAGUGAUGCAUCGUUGGAUUGGGAACAGUCAAACUUAAUUUCUUCUAGAAUGAGACUAUUCUGCAGCCACUUGAAUAGAGCAAGCUCAUCUCUCCGUACCAGAAUAAAACCAAAUACUUGCAGUGGAAGCUCGGUUUUAGCUUUAACAUUUUUAGUAAUAGUGGUGUUAAUGUGUACUGGAGUUAAAUACAUAUAUGGAGGCAGUGGCGCACAUGAAGCUUACCCCUUGCAUGGUCAGUAUUCUCAGUUCACUUUAUUAACAAUGACCUAUGAUGCUCGGCUUUGGAAUCUUAAAAUGUAUGUCAAGCAUUACUCAAGGUGCUCUUCAGUGCGUGAGGUUGUUGUUGUGUGGAACAAAGGACAACCUCCAGAAUUGAGUGAGUUUGAUUCUGCAGUGCCGGUGAGGAUUAGAGUAGAGGAAAAAAACUCACUGAAUAAUCGAUUCAAGGUAGACCCUUCCAUAAAGACAAGAUCUGUUCUUGAGCUUGACGAUGACAUUAUGAUGCCCUGUGAUGACGUUGAGCGAGGAUUUAAGGUAUGGCGUGAGCAUCCUGAACGAAUUGUAGGUUUUUACCCCCGACUAGCAAAUGGAAGCCCGCUGAAAUACAGGGCUGAGAGUCAUGCUCGGAAGCACAAUGGAUAUAAUAUGAUUCUAACUGGAGCGGCCUUCAUUGAUAGUAAAAUGGCUUUUGAAAUGUACUGGAGCAAAGAGGCUGCAGCAGGUAGGGAAAUAGUGGACAAUCUUUUUAAUUGCGAGGAUGUGCUGUUAAACUUCUUGUAUGCAAACGCAAGCUCUUCAAAGACAGUUGAAUAUGUGAAACCCGCAUGGGCAAUUGAUACUUCAAAGUUUUCUGGUGUCGCAAUUAGUGGAAAUACGCAAACCCACUAUGCCCUUCGAAGCAGUUGCCUUGAGAAGUUCUCUGAAAUGUAUGGGAGCAUAAGCAAUCGAAAGUCAGAGUUUAACCACCGAAUGGAUGGUUGGGAUGUAUAGCCAGAAGAAAAUUCUAACAUCAGAUUGAAGUUAGCACAGCAGUUUUCUGUUUUUCAUCUUUUUCAAGCUUCCCUGUUGGUAUAAUUUUGGUUUUAUGAUUUGUCAGUUUUCCCUCCUUUUGUGAAGUUUGCUUUGGGGAGGACUCCAGGUUUAAGUAGUUUUGUCAGUCAAGUGUACAUUAGUUUAGAUGCAUAUGUUGAUAGUUCUUUGUCAUCCUUUUAUCAGAAUUGAAGAUGUGUAGUUCACUUAAAUUUUCUUGUUCAGAUGCAGUUGUUUAUAGUUCUUUGCCAUAUUUUUAUCAGAAUUGAAGUUCCCUUAGAUAUUA